AUGAUGAACACGGGUUGGAGCGACGCUAUGAUGUUCGCGGCCACCGCGAUCGCGGUCGCUUCGGUGCCCGUGACGCACGGCGUCGCGGGCCAUCGGCUGCACGCGGGCGCGUCGCUUCCGUGGAAGUUUCGGAACAUCUUCUUCAGCGGAGGAAAGCGGUUCAUGGUGUUCCAAGGCUUCAGCUGGACGUUCUUCGCCGUCGCGGCGACGUGCGGCCUCCUCGCGCUCGGAAGUCGCUUCGUCCCGUUUUCGAUCGACUUCGACUCGCCCACGCUUCACGAGUGGUCGAUCUGCUCCGCGCUCAUAAGCGAGGUGCUCAUGGUCGCGUCGCUUUUGACGUACCAUCGAGGGUCGUCGAACACUCACGGACGCGGACACCGCCGCCAGCCGUCCACGACGACCGUCGAGAUCAGCAACACGGGAACGACCGUCAUCGCGGCGUUGUGCUGCGCGUUGGCGUUCGCGGGCGCGGCGCUUCUCCUCGCGGCGAAGAACUCGCGCGAAGCCCCCGCGGCUCGUCUCGGGUUCACGGUCUUAGCCCUCGCGUGCUUCGCGAUCGCGGUGCCGGUGACGCACGGCGUCGGAGGGCGUCUGCGCUGGGCGCUCGGCGGCGGAGACGCCUGGAGCUUCUGGCAACCCGGCACCGGGGGGAAACGGUUCGUGCUCUUACAAGCGUUCGGCUGGGCGUGCUUCUCGCUGAGCGUCGCCGGGUGCGUCGUCGUCGCCGCGGUCAUCCUCCGCACGAGCUCGGCGGCGCUGAUUCGAGGCGGCGGGGCGGCGAUCGGAGAGACGGGCUUGAAGCUUCUCGCGAUCGCGUCCUGGGUCUCCGGCGGCACGGGGUUCGCCGCGCAGAUCAUCACCGCGUGUUCGCUUCUGCACUUCGUCCCGAGAGGCGCGGGCGCGCCGGCGUCGCCGUCGUCGUCGCCGCCGUCGAGCCCGUCCAAGCGCGCGGCGUCGAUGAAGAUGUCGUCGUGGCGGGAGUUCGCGACGAUGCUGCUGGUCAUGCACGUCAUACACGCCCCGCACUUCAUCGUCAUCGCGCUCAUCACGACCGUCCUCGCAACGGCGCCGAGCUUCGCGUGGAGCGCGACGGUGUUGGCGAUCGGCGCCGCCGCGUACGCGCCAACGUUUUACGGCGCCCCCGGGUCGACGGGGUAUCGGUCGUGGAUCGGAUUUCAACACUGGAUGACGCGAGUCGUGGAGGACGUCGCGCGGAGGUGGCACGGGAAGUGCCGGGUCGUUCGACACGGGAAGGAGUGGCGCGUUAGAGACGACGAAGACGGGGAAAAACGCGAUGGGGAUUCCCCGCGGCGGGUCAUUUUCGGGUACCACCCUCACGGCAUGCUUCCGGCUGGGGCGUGUUGGUUCCAUCACACACCGCAAUUUGCGUCGCUUUUCCCUUCCAUACCGUCACCGGUCACGCUCGGCGCGAACGUCAUAUUUCGCGUGCCGUUGCUCCGAGACGUCGUGAUGUGGGCGGGCGCCAGGAACGUCUCGAGGAAGAGUUUCCUGAGGAGCUUGCGCGAGCGCGGCGCCGUCGUGUUGUGCCCCGGCGGACAAGCCGAGCUCGUCGAGCACGUGGGGGGGGUCGACGAUCACGUCGUGACGUUGUGCACGCGGCACAAGGGGUUUAUUCGCAUCGCGAUCGAGGAGGGCGCACACCUCGUCCCGGUGUUCGUCUUCGGCGAGUCGCAGGCGGUCAGGAACAUCAUCAAGUGGAAAUCCGCGCAGCGGUGGACGACCAAGCGACUCGGGUUUCCGAUGCCGUUCCUUCCCGCGGGAUACAAAGGGUUUCUGCCAUUGCCCGCGCCGUUGCCUUUGAGCUUCGUCGUCGGGCAGCCCGUGGAAGUCCCUCCGCCGAGUCCCGACGGCGUCGCCGCGGAGGAGGACGUCGCUCGCGUGUGCGUGGAGUACUACGCCAAGGUCGAGGAGCUUUUUCAUCGGUACAAAGCGAGCAGCGGGUUUCCUCAUCUCGAGCUCGUUCUCAAGCACGACUGA